CAAAAUCGUCCGCUACCAAUGCGGCUCGUCGUGUUUGAAUGUGGCGUCUUUGCAUGCUAGUGCUUGAAUUACCAAAAAAGAAGUCUUUAAUAAACAUUAGCAAACCAGUGAGUGUUUUACGGCUGUUAAGAUCACAAGCUAACUGCAGUUGUUUGCUCUCUGCAAACGCUACUCGUGUAAAACCACGAUACAUGUCAAUUGAAGCGAAGAGACUCUGCGCAGAAAACAUGACCGUUAAAAAGAUCGGCACUCAUAACGGCACCUUUCACUGUGACGAGGUUCUGGCCUGUUUCUUCCUCCGCCAGUUGCCUGAGUACAAGGAUGCAGAAAUCAUUCGGACCAGGGACCCGGCGCAGCUGGCACAGUGCGACAUUGUAGUAGAUGUGGGAGGAGAGUUUGACCCAAAGAGGCACCGCUAUGACCAUCAUCAGAGGACAUUUACAGAGAGCUUCCACAGCUUGUGUCCAGAGAAGCCAUGGGUGACCAAGCUCAGCUCAGCCGGCCUGGUCUACCUGCACUUUGGCCGUCGGCUGUUGGCCCAGCUGACGCAGAAGAAGGAGGAUGACAGGCAGGUGGAGGUGCUCUAUGACAAGUUGUACGAGCACUUUGUGGAGGAGGUGGAUGCUGUAGACAAUGGCAUUUCACAGUGUGACGGGGAGGCCCGCUACACCAUUUCCAGCACGCUGAGCGCACGUGUUAGCUACCUGAACCCACGCUGGAACAGCAAGAGUCAGGACACUGAGGAGGGUUUCAGGAAGGCUAUGAAAAUGGUUGGGGAGGAGUUCAUGGACCGUCUGGAUUUUUACCAGUCCUCCUGGUUGCCAGCUCGUGCGGUGGUGGAGGAAGCUGUUAAGGAGAGGUAUCAGGUAGAUCCCAGUGGGGAGGUGGUGUUGUUCUCCCAGGGUGGAUGCCCCUGGAAGGAACAUCUGUUUGCCCUGGAGAAUGAGCUCCAGGUGGAGACGCCCAUCAAGUUUGUCCUUUAUUCAGACCAGAACGGACAGUGGAGGGUCCAGUGUGUCCCCGCUGGGCUCAACACCUUUCAAAACAGGCUGUCCCUGCCAGAAGAGUGGCGAGGCGUUCGGGACGAAGCGCUGUCAGAGCUCAGCGGGAUUGAGGGCUGCAUCUUCGUCCACGCUGGAGGCUUCAUUGGCGGGAACAAGACCCAGGAUGGAGCCCUGGAGAUGGUCCGGAGAACUCUGCAGGCUGCCGCCCAGUCCCCUGCAAAUGGAGGCAGCUGACCGGUCAGAGAGGACAGCCAACAGCACGUUUUGUCCUCAGGAAUGGGGAUGGUAUGGAAUGGCAGCCAAAUAACCUUGGACCGGUUCCCUAAAUACCUAUAUUUCAAAACACCCACUCUGAAUCAUAAUUUUCACUCAUUUUAUUCUUCCUCUCUCUGUCUGGACUUACAAAUACGUAUCUGUUUUGGUAUUCAUUUGCAAUAAAAAACUAUUUGGAUUA